GUCAAACUAUAAACUGUAGCGGCCACUCUGACUCACUUGGCCGCACAGAGGCUGACAGAGCUUCGGUGUGUCUGUGGCGAACACGCCUCACAUGUUCACAACCGUAACUUUAAAAUAAAUUAACUAACCGGAAAUAGGCACCCAGACAUUCAAACAUAAAACGACAUGGACUCCAAACGUCAAAGUGUUGUGAUGGAGCGACUUGUGAACGAGCUAGGCUCUCUGCUAAAGAUGCUGGACAACGAGACGGUCAGUCCCGCCACUGCUGACAAGAUGGCCUCCGUACGUAACAUCCUGGACUCGAUGCAGCUGUCAGUCAAUAGAUCAGACCUCUAUGUGAACAGCUGUCUCUAUGGCAACGGCACUAGUUUUGUAGAGUCUCUGUUUGAGGAUUUUGACUGUGAUCUGCACAUGCUCAGUGUGUCUCCAGUGGAGCAGAAAGAGCACAAAGACGAAGAGGAGAAGACUCAUCCCAAUAAAUCUACGCCGACUGACACGCCCCCCCCACCUUUGCCAACAACCCCCCUACCUGAUGACUACUAUGAAGAGGCUGUUCCUCUACAUCCUGGAUCCACCCCUCAGUACUUCACCACCAACAUGAACACUUCUAGGAACUCUGUGGAGGAUGCCUACUAUGAAGAUGCAGACAAUAACUACCCCAUUACCAGGAUUAAUGGGCCGCCUAAAAACUCCUACAAUGACUCCGAUGCUCUGAGCAGCUCCUACGAGUCUUACGAGGAAGAAGAAGAAGAGGCCAAAGGGGGAGAACAACCUCAGCGAUGGACGGCUGAGGAGAGUCCCGAUGGACCAGUGAAAGACUGCCGCAUCUGUGCCUUCCUGCUGCGAAAGAAACGCUUUGGCCAAUGGGCUAAACAGCUUAUCGUUGUCCGAGACAACAAACUGCAGUGCUUUAAGAGCAUCAAAGAGAGCUCUCCCCACACAGAGCUCCCUCUGAAUCUGUGCAACGUCAUUUACGUCCCAAAGGAAGGCCGGAAAAAGAGACAUGAGUUGCGCUUCUCGUUGCCUGGAGGAGAGGCUCUAGUCCUGGCUGUUCAGAGUAAAGAGCAGGCCCAGCGGUGGCUCAAGGUGGUUCAAGAUGUUGGCAGCCAAUGUAGCAACACUGAAGGAUUGGAUGGAUCCACUUCUCCUAUCAUACAGAGGAAGUUGGAGCUUGACAAGGUGCUGCAGUGUGAGCGGCAGGCGUCAGACUCAGACAGCGGGCCGACAGCAGAGAAUCAGUCCACUGCACAGGGACCAGGACGGGACACCUUAGACUCACUGAACAGGGGGAAGCGUGGAGCAUUCUCAGAGCUGACGGGGUCAAUGAGCCGAGCAGCUGGGAAGAAAAUUAAUCGGAUCAUCACUUUCUCCAAACGGAAACCUCCUUUACCGGGAGAGCCUCCCUCGUCCUCAGGUCAUCAUGACAACCCACGCUGUGCCGUGUGUGUGUGUGUGUGUGUUUGUGUGUGUGUGUGUGUGUGUGUGUGUGUGUGUGUGUGUGUGUGUGUGUGUGUGUGUGUCCAUCAGGCCAGCUGCUCAGAGGAUCUUGGCCGCUGGCUGGGUGUGUUGUUUGCAGAGACCGGCAGCACCACUCUCCCUGAAGAACUGCACUAUGACUACAUUGACGUUGAUACGCUCACUGACAUCCGGCACGCUGCCAGACACUCCUUUCAGUGGGCCACUACCACUGCAACUUCCUCCAGCAGUGCCUCGACAGACUCCAGAACAUAUGAUGAGGUCUAUGAAAGUGUUGUGGAGGGGGAUGUUGAGACUAGAACUGGACCGGUGAGGCGUCAUGCUUCCUUCUCCAGCAGGGACUCUGAAAAAACUGAGCAACAGGCCGCCAUCAAAAGACACGCCUCCAAUGUAAAUCAGUAUGGACGGUAUGGGAAGACGCGUGCAGAGGAAGACGCCAGGCGGUACCUGAAUCAGAAAGAAGAGCUGGAGAAGCAAAAGGAAGAGCUCAGACAUGCACUGAUUUCCUUCCGCAGGGAAAAGAAGGAGGUGAAAGAGGAGAUGAAGAGUGUUACAGGUCAUGGUCUGGAACAGCGGUUAGCCAAACUGGAGAUGUUGUGUAAACAAAAAGAAGAGGAGAGGGUAGAGCUGGAGCUCAGACUGACAGAGGUCAAAGAAAACCUGAAGAAAUCAUUAGCUAGAGGAGCACUGGGCCCUCCCACUGACUCCAAGAUCAGCAUCACGGCCCAGGGCAGCAAGGUUGAAAAGGUUUACAAUGAGACUUUGCCGAUCAACUCAGCAUCGGAGCUUCGUAAACGGCCUCCAUCUUUUCACUCCUCCUCCAAGGGGAACGUGAUGCAGAAGGCAAAGGAGUGGGAGUCAAAGAAGGGGACCUAGACUGAACAUAAACAGGUUGACAGAUGGAUUCAUGGAGAGAGAAAACUGAGCUCUGACAGAAGGAUGUGUAAAAGAAGAAACCGAUGGAGAUAGCUGGCACUGGGAAGAAGAGGGAGCAGAAGAAGAGGAGGAGAGAGAAGAAGAGGACAGACCCUGACACAAUCUUUCCUCCCCCACUUAUCAAGAAAACGAGGAAACAUUUUGUAAGGACAGGUGCUGUCUCAACCACUGUAAAUAGGACAGACUUCACUGAUAUACCAGUACAGUAUUAAUGUGGAUCGCUAUGAACAGGAAAUGUAUAUGAUUGUGUAAGUUUGCAUGUCUGUUUACAUUUGCACAGGGUGCAGAACAUGAAAAUGUGAUUAUUUCAUAGAAAUUCAUCGCAAAGGGAGAGUGUGGUGUAUCAACACUAAGUUCAGGCAAGACUUCCACUGAUUUUAUUCCUAUUUUUAGGACGUUUGUCAAUGUAACAUGAAAAACUAAAGUAAAGAAAUUAUUAUUAUUAUUACCUUAAGUUAUCUUUAUUAGUGAGAGAAUUAUCCCACAUCUUGUUAGGUGUGUUAAACCAUUAAGAAACGAUAUUGAGUAUGACACUGUU